CUGACAUUAGUUAAUAAAGUUGUUUUUGUGUACUAACUUAUAUCAUUGUUAAUAUUAUUAUUAACAUUAUUUUGAUAACAUUGCUAGAUAUGCCUAUAAAUAGAUAAUUAAAAUUACUUAUAAAUAUUUACGGCUAACUAAACCUUUUAUCUUGAAGUUAUAAGAGCUUGCUGUGAUAUGUAACUGAGGUUCCAGAUUCUAAAGAACAACUGGUAGCAAUAAAAUGGCAGACUCAGUGAAAUGUGUAACAGAUGCUCUACUAAGAAAGAACAUAUUGCACUGUGCCAUAUGCAAAAAUCUGUUACUAUCAACUCCAGUAAUGCUAGUUGAAAAUGUUGGAAACUUAUGCUCUACUUGCUACAAUGAAAACUUUUUGGAGAGUAAAUGUGUGCAAAAUACAGCCCUGGAGGAGCUUGUCACUACUCUAAGCUACCCAUGUAGGUUUAGAGAAAAUGGGUGCAACCAUUGGAGCUGCAGUGCUGAUUUGUUGGAUCAUGAGGAGAAUUGUAAAUUUCGAUCUAAAAGAUGUCCAAUGCAUGCCAUAACCCUCUGCACUUGGGAAGGCUUUCCAGUGGAAUUUGUAGGACACUUCCUCAAUUGUCAUGGAGAGCAUGUGAUCAACUUUGAGAACAGUCUCUUUUUUUUGGAUAUUACUUUUGAUGAUGAAGCACUUAUUAAGCUUUUGGUCAUGAAAAAUAUCAUUUUACUACUCAAAAUGCAAUUAAGCCUUGGUAAAAAUAAAUUGCUCUAUAUUGUAUGUAAUGUCAAAGAUGAUGAUAAUAGUAAUUUUGAUUAUUCUGUAAAGCAUAAGGGCAACAGCGACAAUUACAUAAAAACUAGGUCAAGAGUGGUAGAUUCGAAUUAUGCAUAUAAAAAUUUGGAGGAAUGCGAUGCUGUCAGUGUUGAUUUGGUAUCUUUGAGGCAAACGGUCAAGGUGACUAAUAGGAUUACAAACAUUUUCAAGAUUAAGACUUAUGAUACACCGGUUCACUACAUAGGGGAACGCAUGCUUCAAUACUUUGAAUGUCCAGUCUGCAAAAGUUUCAUGAAGCCACCAAUCUUUCAAUGUCAAUCCGGACAUAGCAUUUGCAACACCUGCAAACCACGUUUAGAAAAAUGCCCCACCUGUAGGGCCGCUUUUGGAAUGACUCGGAAUUAUUCUUUAGAAGGGUUGACAGCAGGAGUCUCGUACCCAUGCGCUUAUCAUGAUUUUGGCUGCAUGUUGUCACUCUCUCCUAUAGACAUUUCCAGACAUGAAGCUGUGUGUCCUUAUAAACCCUACAACUGUCCGAUGCCACAAUGCACAAUGUCAGGCACCCAGGACGUCAUCAUUAAUCACCUGCACGAUUUUCAUGCAGAUUACGUUCUCCAAGACGCGUCCAACGAAGCGAGAUUUUCUGAUGCCAAACAUCAAGGUUACACUGAUACCUUUAGACUCUCUGAUACACACCAUUCUUUGGCAUCAUAUAAUCACAUCUUGGAUAGAAGAAUUUUAAUUGAAUUUGAUCACAUUUUUAGACUAACAUGCAAACGUAUGAACGAAUAUUGUAUGUGGGCUGCAGAAGUAAUUGGGGUCCAAAGUGAAUUAAAACUUAAUUUUGUUUACGAAGUGAGCAUUAUCGAUCUGCGCAGACCGGAAAAGCGGCUUAUUCGCACAGAUUAUUGUUUAAAUGAAAUGCCUGAAGAUGAUUUGUUUAAAAAGUGCAUCAUGUUUCCUAAUAGUAUAUUAUCAGCGUAUUCUCAUAACGGUAUGGUUAGUUUUCAAUUUAAAAUUAAAAAAGGCAUCAAAGUUUGAUAGUUUCUAUAGAUUCAGAGCAUUUAUUAAUAAUGCCAUAAAAUAGUUGAUAUUAUCAUUUCCAAAAUCUACCUUUAACCAAUAGUACUUUUUAACCGAAAAUUAUUAAAAACGCUUGCACAAAAAAUAUUAUGGAAUCAUCUCUAACUUACCUAGAAUAUCAGUAAAAUAAAUGGGCAUGAAAAAAUAUGUUUUUUUUUAAUAUAAUUUAAAUUUCAUCGACAAUAUUUUAAUUGUGAUUAUAGUUUUUAUGUAGCUACUUAUAAUACAAAAAUAUAUUUAUUAUUUUUUUAAA